UCCGUUUCCACCCUCCUCUUUCCUUUUUCUUUUUUUUAUCAUUAUAUUUUUUUAUUAUUAUUAUAAAAAUUAUUAUUAAAAAAAUGACCUUCUCUUCUAUUUCUUCUGCUGCUUCUCUCUCUGUUCCCCCCAUUGCCCCCAAGGCAGAUAUGCCUCCUCCUCUUUUCCUCCCAGCCCGUUUCGGGAAUAACGUUUUGGCUGCGUUGGCUACCUCUGUCCCUGUUGGUCAGUUGCCUCCAGGUUCCAUGGAGAUGGAGAUCGAAGAUGAUCUCAUGGACCUGGUUGAUGAGGUAGAAGAACUCGAGGGGUUCAGGGGUAGUCCCCCUAAGGUGAUUUGUGUUGGCUUUGGCCUGUUUCUGCUUGCUGGUGCUGGUGCUGGUGCUGCUUUUGCAGAUUCGUUUUCCUCUGCAUACAACAUUGACCGAAUAUUUGAUAAAACACGAUAUCCACAAGAAAUACCACAAGCUAUUCAAUCAGGUCAAUUUCUAACUUAGACAACAAGCCAUAAUAAUCUACCAACAACAGCAAAUGGAGUGACGAAAAUUAACAAUUGAUAGUAUAUAUCUAUUGAAUUAUUAUGAAUCCU